UUAAACUGCUUGUCACAUCUGAACAAGACAUUUGUGAUUUCUUCUCUUUUUUUCCUCAGCUCUCUAUAACAGGAGUUCAGAAGUCCAAGUCCACUAUGAACCCCAGACUAACACAAAGCCAGCAGAGAACAAUCUGCGCUCAGCUGGGAAGAGUCAAACUACAGCUGUUGUACAAGGCCAGCAUCCACGGCUUCACCGGUGCAGCAUUUCACCAAAGAUGUGACAACCGCUCUCCCACUGUGUCUGUGGGCUACAACAAUUCUGGUUUUGUGUUUGGAGGCUACACCAAACAACCUUUUAGUCAGUCUGGACAGUACGUGAAUGAUGAUCAGGCUUUUCUUUUUACCUUUGAUUGUGAAAACCUCAUCAAAUAUCCAGUUACUAGUACUGCACAUGCAGUGAAAAUGAUAGCUAACUCUGGGCCUUAUUUUGGAGAAACACUGGUUCUUGUCAAUGCAAGCCAAGCAGUAGCAUACAGCAAUCCAGGAAAUAUUUACAACUUCCCUGCUGCACAAAUGCAUGGCAAUGAUCUCAACCUGACUGAGUGUGAAGUCUACCAAGUGGAGGGUAAGUUCAGUAUGAAUAAGCAUGAAUAAUCACAUUUUCAUUUAGUUGUCGUAGAUGAGCAGAAGAGGAAGGAGCUGAUUGAGAGCAUUAAAAGCUACAAACCCACAGUCAGCUCUGUGACCCAGCCUCGGGUUUUGCUCAUUGGACCAGUCGGAGCUGGAAAGUCCAGCUUCUUUAACUCUGUCAACUCUGUAUUCAGAGGCCACGUCACCAGCCAGGCUAUCUCUGGCUCCUCCUCCACCAGCCUCACCACACAGUUUCGCUCCUACUCUGUGAAAGAUGGGCGUGAAGGGAAACCUCUGCCAAUAAUCUUGUGUGAUACCAUGGGACUGGAGGAGAGCAAAGGGGCGGGGCUUGACAUUGACGACCUCAGCAGCAUCCUCAAAGGUCACCUGCCAGACCGUUAUCAGUUCAACCCUUCAGCUCCUCUGCAUUCUGAGUCCCACGGCUAUCGCACAUCUCCUGGGCUCAAGGACAAGAUCCACUGUGUGGCCUAUGUUAUUGAUGCUUCCAAGGUCUCCAUCAUGCCCAAAGGGCUGGAGGAGAAGCUGGAUGCUAUCCGCAGAAAGGUCAACUUAAUGGGUAUUCCUCAGCUGGUCCUCCUCACUAAAGUAGAUGAAGCCUGUCCACUGGUGAAAGAGGAUGUGAGAAAUGUUUAUAAGAGUGGCUACAUCAAGGAUGUGAUGCAGGAGGUCGGCUCUCGGCUCGGUGUGCCGUUGUCCUGUAUCAUUCCAGUGAAGAACUACAGCGAGGAGUUGGAGUUGGACAUGAAUUGUGACAUCUUGUUGCUCAGCGCCGUCAUCCAGAUGUUUCGCUUUGUUGAUAAUUACUUUGAUGAGCUCAGUGACCGAAUCAGUAACAUGCAAACCAAAGACUAG